UCUUUCUUUUUUAAUAUUUCUCCAUACUACCAUGUUUGUUUGUUUGUUUGCAUCACUUGGGAGCUCCAGAGUUCUCAGUCUCCCUCUCCACCAUUAUAUCCACUCUUUCUCAUUUGCUCUGUCAUUUGUUUUCUCUCCUGUUGCGUAGAGUUUAGCCAAGAUACUGUGGUGAGGCACAAAUAAUCAGUUUGGGAAGAUGGAGAUAACCAAUGUUAUGGAAUAUGAGGAAAUUGCAAGGCAGAAAUUGCCAAAGAUGGUUUUUGACUACUAUGCAUCAGGUGCAGAAGACCAGUGGACUCUCAAGGAAAAUCGCAAUGCAUUCUCUCGAAUUCUGUUUCGACCUCGCAUUCUUAUUGAUGUGAGCAAGAUAGACAUGACUACAAGUGUCUUGGGCUUCAAGAUUUCAAUGCCUAUCAUGAUUGCUCCAACAGCCAUGCAGAAAAUGGCUCACCCAGAAGGAGAGUAUGCAACAGCAAGGGCAGCUUCAGCAGCUGGAACAAUUAUGACUCUAUCUUCAUGGGCUACUUCCAGCGUAGAGGAGGUUGCUUCAACAGGGCCUGGUAUUCGCUUUUUCCAGCUUUAUGUGUACAAAGACAGGAAUGUGGUUGCUCAGCUUGUGAGAAGAGCUGAGAGAGCUGGAUUCAAGGCCAUUGCCCUUACAGUGGAUACUCCAAGACUUGGCCGGAGAGAAGCUGAUAUCAAGAACAGAUUCACUUUGCCACCAUUUUUGACUUUGAAGAACUUCGAGGGCUUGGAUCUUGGCAAAAUGGAUAAGGCUGAUGACUCCGGACUUGCCUCAUAUGUUGCUGGCCAAAUUGACCGGACACUUAGCUGGAAGGAUGUGCAGUGGCUUCAGACAAUCACAUCACUGCCAAUCCUGGUGAAGGGUGUCCUGACUGCAGAGGAUACAAGACUAGCCAUACAGAAUGGAGCUGCUGGAAUCAUCGUAUCCAAUCAUGGAGCUCGCCAGCUUGAUUAUGUUCCUGCAACUAUUAUGGCAUUGGAAGAGGUGGUCAAAGCUGCACAAGGCCGUGUUCCUGUUUUCCUUGAUGGUGGAGUUCGCCGUGGGACAGACGUUUUCAAGGCAUUAGCACUAGGAGCAUCUGGAAUAUUUAUCGGGAGGCCUGUGGUAUUCUCACUGGCUGCUGAAGGUGAAACUGGUAUUAGGAAGGUGCUUCAGAUGCUCCGCGAGGAGUUCGAGCUAACAAUGGCAUUAAGUGGCUGCCGCUCGCUCAGGGAGAUUACUCGUAAUCACAUUGUGACUGACUGGGACCUUCCUCACCCAGUUGCCAGGUUAUAAGGCGGCGUCACCCCAACUCCACGUUGAAAUCGAGACAGGAAAAUUCGAGAGAGGCUCUGUCUUUAGAAUCUCAUAUAUCAAAUUGAAGGGUUGAUCAAUAUUUGGAAGGAUUUGAAGUUGUGUGUUUGACAAUCAAUAGCAUUUUACUUGAUAUUAAUAAUUUUAAGGUAAAUACUAAUGAUUAGGUAA